AUGUCAAUAACUUUGGAGAAACGACAUGCUCACUCAACCAUCGAGGUAGGAAUAGCCUCAACUUAUAACCAUGCCGAAUCAUCCACUGAUUGCAUCAAAGGAGUAGUUGUCAAAGACUCGCCAAAACUCAGCGAUCUUACACCAACCGAAUGUGCAGGAAAGCAACCUAAAACUGGACCGUUAGUACAGGACGCCGCGUCUGUUUCCCGCCCAAACAGCGAGCAAACAGCACCCCAACCUAACCUCGUCAAGAAAGCAUUUGGUCCCCCAGAAAGACAAUUGGAGCGCCCGCAAACAUACAUCAUGGAGUUGAGGAACAUUCGAACUGUUAAGGGGGGAGUGGUCCUACCACUGUCACUAUGGUUACUCACUGAAAUAAUAUCAACAAUAGAUGGCGCCGCCCUGGACAUUAGAAGCAGUGGGAACCAAAGAUGUACGAACGCAGCGUGUGAGGACGAUGAGCCAGGACGAUUUAACUGCGGGUCCCGUCAACUUGACUGCAUCCCAAACACUCACACGGACGCCAGGGUGCUCGACCUGCACGGGAACCUCUUGACGAAACUCAUAGAGAAGUCAUUCAGUCACUACAUGCAUCUACAGAAUCUCGAUCUCAGCAUGAAUGAGAUACAAACAAUAGAUCCAGGGGCCUUCACGGGGCUGGCAAACUUGACCAGUCUGGUCCUGAAACGGAACAAGCUGGAGGCGCUAGCGAGUGGGGCGUUUACGGGAGCCCAUCGCUUAGAGACCCUUGACCUCUCCUUGAAUAACAUCACCCUGAUCCAGCCAGGCACCUUCAACGGUCUCAACAACCUCAGGAUGCUUCUCUUACAGGGGAACCACAUCCAGGUCAUCAACAGAGGAGCUCUGUUCGGUCUACAGAGCCUCGACCAACUCUCUCUGCAAAAUAAUCAGAUUCACUACCUCAACCCAAGGAUCUUCGACGGCAUGACACAUCUGCGAUCCCUCUCACUGAGCAACAACCAACUGACAUCUCUGCCGGAUUUUACGUUCCUCCUGCCUACCCUGAAGGACAUCUGGCUCUCCGGGAAUCCGAUCACCUGUGAUUGCCGAAUCGAGUUUCUACGGAGGGAGCUUUCUGGUAGUAGAGGAACCCUCAACCUGCGUAUCAGCCACCCGGUACUCUGCGCAACACCACCCACUCUACAAGGAAUCGACCUCAGGUUCAUGAAGACACCUCUGGUCUGUAAAAAGCCGACAAUAUCACCGAACAGAGAAACGAUCAAGGUAGUCCAGGGACAGAAGGCAGUGCUUCCCUGCAAUGCAAGCGGCAACCCUGAACCGAUAGUGACGUGGACCAACCCAAGCGGGGUCAAAGUAAGCUCCACGAAGGCCUCCCGGGUCGCCCAGCUACGGGACGGCUCCUUGAGGAUCACUGAGGCUCGGACGGAAGACACCGGGAACUACACCUGCAACGCCCAGAACGAGAAAGGCACAGACCUGGCCCGAUUUGCACUAGAGGUGUCCUCUUCCCAGGAAACCACAACCACUGGGGCUUCCAAUUCCUUGUCGACUGAUACCAUGGAUGCACCGUGCCGGGACGGGGGGAAGCCACCGUGUAAGCCAGAUCAUGAUGCCGGGUUGGUGUGCGAUUCCACGGCAGGGAUAAUCGCCACGGCUUUGGUGACCUUCUCGACCACCUUAUCCACGGCCCUGAUCUUCUUCUACAUCUGGUACCGACGCCAGAUGGAGAAGUUGCGACCCAGAGUACCGAGGCGUCUGGACAAGCACCGGGGCUCGGCAGACGGUGAGGAAGCCUGCCUCCAGGCCAGGGAACAACAGUCAGACAACCGUAGGCCUACUUUCCAGAAGGUUAUCAACGCCAUCGCCAUGCCGGGGUACCUCUACGCGAAGCCAGUACAUCGUGUCGUCAACAACAACAGGAAAACCUCCUCGCUCCGUAUGAACAAAGUAGAGGAUUCCAGCGGGAAACAGAGCAAAUACCUCGCCCUCGCUAACCUCCGGAACGGGAAGAGUUAUCACGGUAGCCAUGAGACGAUAAACGGGACAUCAGACUAUCUCCCCCUGACUCCAUGCAGUAGCAGCAACUGUAGUGAUGACAGUCGGAAUAGGGAGAGCUGUGAGUCUAACGAAUCUCACUUGUAUGAAAACGCAACGCUGAUGAUACGGGACCCAAACUACACUGCCUUGGAUCCGUCAACGAUAUGCUUACGGAGACAGGCUGACUACGCAGUGUUAUGAAGUGCUACUGAAAUAAACUAAUUACUGUGUAUAUUAUAAGGAUAUUGACACAAGCUGUGCUUGGUGAAGCAAAAUUGGUAUUUGAGCAUUCCUUCUGCGUAAGUUUAUUUUAAGGGGAAGGAGGGUGUUUGAAGGAUCCCUCUAAAUCCCUCCGGGUAUCGGUAGGUCUCAAAAGAGCCGGGAUCGUAUUAGUUUCUGAAAUAAUUAUUCAUAAGACACAAUUAUUAGUCAGGACAAGAAAUAACAGGGAUAGCUUCAUUAGCAUAAUAUUACUUUAGCAUAUCCUUGUCGUGAAUCCAUUUUCUGGGUCAAUUUGCACGUGUUGAGCAACUGACAUUGUUGCGCCGUUACAUCAGGGUCCACUUUCAUAAAGCCUGUAACUUGCUAAGCACAGACAAAUGUUGCUUUACAAAAACUGGAAACUGGUCCGGGCCAAAAUUCCACGAUGUUUACAUUUUUGCAGCUGGUGCUCAGCAAGAAAAUGCUAAGCAGUUUUGUCUGCUUAACAGAUUUAUGAAAAUGGGCCCGUCGGGUGAAUUGGCUCAAUAGAUUUCUUGCAUUUGGCCUAGCAGUUAUCACCGAGUUUAAACAGUGAUGGGAACGUGCACUCGCAGCGCACGCAACUCUCAGCCAAUUAUAGGUCUCCAUUUAACUCAUUGAGGGCGCUGUUUGGGUCUUGUGACGUCAUGCAAGGGGUCUAAUGUGUUGUACGCUGAAACUCAUACUAGUGUAUACUACAUUUUCCAAUACAUUCCUACCAAGUAUUUUAAUUAUUAUUAUUCUAAAUGCUGCUUCAGAAGGUUAUCACAUUCCAAUUGAUGUUUAUUAUGUAUUAUACUGAAAUAAAUCUUUCUGUAACCUACCCUAAGGGUCCGUGGUUGAGUCGAUACCAAAAUAUUAUUCCAGACAGCAGCAUUUGCACUCAAAGAGGUUGCUCGCUCGGGGAUUGUAAGGUCGCAACAGUAAAUGAAUAAUUCAUUGAACAAUAAACUGAGAGGUGCAUGCACAACAAACACAUUUUUAACGUUUCUCAUCUCGACAUUAUUUAAUGUUCUAAAACAAGUGUAAGAUGCUGGACUUAAACAGGGAGUAAAUGCAAUACUAAACCCACCAUAAUUUGAAUAUUCAAAUUUAUUAAGAUUAUUAUUGGUAUGCUCAUAAGUGGACUGAUUGUUUCAAAAAAUUAAUUCAUCCUAGAGGAUGCUGCAAUGAGGAAUGGCUGUAAAUUUGUAUUUUAAUAAAAAUGUAA